AUGGCGAUGCAAGUUCAGAGACUCCCUUCCCCUGUUUCCAACAAAACAAAAGCCCCACAUAACUACCUUCAAUGUUCACCCACUCAACCAGAGAAACAUAUAAUCAACAAGCACAAAAACAAACACAGAGAGACACAUGGAUACGUUUGUCUCUAA